ACUUCACUGACCUGACAGGCUGGAGCCGGCACCAGACACACAGCAGGGGAUUCACUCCAUCACACGCCUGCUUCUCCUCCACUCAGGCCUAGAAGAAGAAGAAGGAGAAGAAGAAGCAGAAGAAGAUGCCUCUGCAGUCCACGCUAUCCGGUGGAUGCUCCCGGGCCAUUGACACCCAGUCAGAUGGGAAGUCCUUUGAGCAGCUAAGGAAGGAAUGUUUGCAGAACGGCGUCCUGUUUGAGGAUCCAGACUUCCCUGCAACCGACUCCUCACUUUUCUUUAGUCAAAGUGCUCCCAUCCAGUUUGAAUGGAAGAGACCCAAGGAGCUCUGUGACAACCCCAAGUUCAUCACUGGUGGUGCGGACAGAACUGACAUCUGCCAAGGACAGCUCGGAGACUGCUGGCUCCUGGCAGCCAUUGCCUCCCUCACCUUAAAGAAAGAUUCCCUGGCCAGAGUCGUCCCCCACGACCAGGACUUUGACAGCAAUUAUGCCGGCAUCUUCCACUUCCAGUUCUGGCAACACAACAAAUGGCUGGACAUUGUGGUUGAUGACAGGCUGCCGACGGUGAGGAACCGACUCAUCAUGCUUCACUCUGCCUCCAACAAUGAGUUCUGGAGCGCCCUGCUGGAGAAAGCUUAUGCCAAGCUGCAUGGAAGCUACGAGUCCCUCAAGGGUGGCAGCACAAUGGAGGCCAUGGAGGACUUCACUGGUGGAGUUGGUGAAAUGUACGACACCAAAACAGGCCCAGACAAUCUGUUCAGUGUCAUGAAGAAGGCUUUGGACAGAGGCUCCAUGAUGGGAUGCUCCAUUAAUACCACCAGCUCUGCAGAGUCUGAGGCCAGAACAAGCACCGGUCUGGUGAAGGGACACGCCUACUCCAUCACCGGCUUGGAGGAGGUGAAUUACAGGGGGAGGAAGGUCAAGCUGAUCCGGGUCAGAAACCCCUGGGGUCAAGUGGAAUGGAAUGGCCCAUGGAGCGACCAAUCCAGAGAGUGGGAUUAUGUCGACAGAGCAGAAAAAACUCGAAUCCUGCAGAAUUCAACAGAGGACGGUGAAUUCUGGAUGGAAUUUGAGGACUUCAAGAGGAGCUAUGACAAGGUGGAGAUCUGCAACAUGACCCCUGAUGCUCUGACCGACAACACCAAACGCCACUGGGAGGUCAGCUUGUUUGAAGGACAGUGGAUCCGUGGCGCCACAGCUGGGGGCUGCAGGAACUACAUCGACACAUUUUGGACAAACCCUCAGUUUAAGCUGGAGCUGCAGGAUGCCGAUGAUGAUGAUGAUGUGUGCAGCGUGGUCAUCGCUCUGAUGCAGAAAAACAGAAGAAAACUGAGGAAGGAAGGCCUCGACAUGGAGACCAUUGGCUAUGCUGUUUACGAGGCCCCAGAUGACAAUGAGCAUGUAAACAAGGAUUUCUUCCGCUACCACGCCUCCAAGGCUCGCAGCAAGACUUACAUCAACCUGCGGGAGGUGUCUGAGCGAUUCACACUGCCUCCUGGGAAAUACCUGCUGGUUCCCACCACCUUCCAGCCCCACAAGGAGGCUGACUUCAUUGUCAGAAUCUUCUCAGAAAAGAAAGCCGCAGCUCUAGAGAUGGGGAACAAUAUUGACGCUGACCUGCCAGAUCCACCUCCACCCAGCCUCCCUGAGGAGGAAACAGAGGAGGAGAAAGGUCUGAGGAGGCUCUUCGAUCAGCUGGCUGGUUCAGAUCAGGCCAUUUCUGUCCGGGAGCUUCAACACAUGCUGAACGGUGUACUCAGCAGACGGAGGGAGAUUAAGUUUGACGGCCUGAGUCUCAGCACCUGCCACAGCAUCAUGAACCUCAUGGACGUGGACAACACAGGGAAGAUGGAGUUCCAGGAGUUCAAAGUCUUCUGGGAGAAGAUGAAGAAGUGGAUUAUGCUCUUCCUGUCUUUUGACACGGAUCGCUCAGGGAAGAUGUCGUCGUACGAGCUCCGCAGUGCCCUGAACGCAGCAGGGAUGCACCUGAACAACCGCCUCCUGCAGCUGCUCAGCUUGAGGUUCGCUGAUGACAACUAUGACAUCGACUUUGACGACUACCUCACCUGCAUCGUCCGUCUGGAGAUCAUGUUCAGGGCUUUCCAGGCCGUGGACAACUUUAAAAGAGGACGUGUGAAGCUCAACAUCAUGCAGUUCCUGAUGCUGGCGAUGAACGUAUAAGGAGGAGCUGAGAAGCCAAAAGAAGAACAAACAGAGGACGGCAUCAGUGGUGCAGAGUGGGAUCAAUAUUCAGGCCGUACCGGUGCAUGCAACACAAGCUCUUAUUAUUUUUUAUUUGCAACAUCUCUCCAGUUCUAGUCCAUUGUUGUGUUUAACAUUGAGAAGGACAGGGUGAAAGUUUUUCCUCUUCUUGUUUUUGGAUGUUGUGUUGGUCAUUUUCUCUGUACUCCGCUUGAAUGGAAAUAAAUCUUUCAUAAAUCUUG